AAAAAAAGAGUUCCCUCAUCCCCGUCCCUCCAGCCAACCGAUGUCCAGAUGAGAAAGAAACCACCACCGGGCGAUCCACAACCUAAGAUAAGAGACAACUCACAGAGAUCGGACCAGGAUCAAUAUGACGGCAACCUAGCCACCCACUCCUCAAAAUCCUUCUCGUUCUACUUUUUCGGUUGAAACAGCGCUCUUGAACAAAAGCCUCGUGCUGAGACGUGUCAAUAAACACAAAGACGAGAAGAGAGGUGAAGAAUGGAGGGGUCGCGGCAAACCAGAGGUUCUUGUUCAAGAUGAGAUGGGGGGAAGGGAGGCAAGGCAAGGCAAGGCAAGUCAUCCGCUCACGAAAAAAAAAAAAAAAAAAAAAAAUCGGAUUCGAUCAGAUAGGACAAGACAAACAGCGCAAGACAGGGAUCCAAAGAAGGGAACAAAGCCUCUCUCGUUGGCCUUGGGCUACUUACAGUUCACUACAUCCUGAGGAAGGGAAGUUGGGUAAUUUCCGCCAUGAAUCCGUGACACUGACAUUGGAAGCUGGGCCAAUCAGCCUCCCCGGGCCCAGCGGUCACACUGCUUGGACCAGUCCUAGCUUGAUUCGCUACGCGCCCAAGAAAGACCAGGGAAUUGUGAUCAACUUGCUCCCCCAAGGUGCCAUCGGUGACAAUAUGGCCAUCCCAGCACCACCCGCCCCCCGACCGCCCUGUUCAUGCCCUUUGCCUAGACCGACCCCAAUAAAACUCCCCGCGCUAAGUUUCAUGACGGGCCCAGAACCCACCCGGGGAUGUGUAUCAAUUCAACCUCACCCUCGGCCGGUCUUUUGGGUGGCUUACCGUCGCAGUCGCAGUCUACCGACGACGGGAAGGGGACAGAGACACCCACGUAAAAACCGAGAAAAUGUCCAAUGCUUGCUAUAUAACGUAACCCGUAAUCAUCUAAUCUAGUCGUGACAUCUAUAAAAUCCCGCAGGAUCAGCUGCUGUCGGCCAUGCUCGCCGUCGCAGCCUAAGUUUCGUAACAUAAUCAUAAAGCCAAACCAUGACGCCAAACAAAUGCUUGCGUGACAGCGCUGUCUCAAUCCCACAGCACACUGAAUCAUCCAUC